CCAUUACGCACAACGAGCAAAAAUCCAAACAAAAAAGCUCGGAUCAGAUGUGCAUAGAGUGCAGUGAGGAACAUUGAGGAAGGACCGUAAAUAAGUUCAGCAGAAGGAAACACGAUGACGUCAUGACACCGCGAUGAGCGAGGGUGGAGGAGAGGCCCAGUUCGGGGGCGGGGGAGGAAAUUUUCCGUCCUCCCAGCCCCCGACCCCGUCCUCCACAGUGCCGGACCCGGGCGCCGACAAGUCUUCCUCUUCUUCGGGUCUUCCCCCGUUCAGCUCUUUCUCGGCCGCCGAUAUCGCGGAGGGCCUAGGGUCCCGCCUGACCGGCGAUAGCUUCGGUUCCGAGACCCUGUCCGGCCGCCUGCUCGACAUCUCCGGCUGGGAUUACUACGGUGAGGGGCUGACCGGGCGUCUUCUUGACCGCGGUGACGGCUUCCCCAUGAUCAUCCCCCAGGCUCAGUAUCGGCCCUGGGAGAGCAAACCUCAGGACUCCAACUCGCAGGACAGCAUGAAGACCGCAGAACAGUAUCCGACCUCUCCCGUAGCUAACAAGUUACCCUCCUUUCAGUCUCAGUUCAACGCGUUCUCCCAGGAGACGAACGGUGGCGAGACGGUGACCCUGACCACUCUGACACCCGCCCCGCCCUCUCCCUGCAACUCGUCCUCGGGUCUUCCUAGUUUUCACACUCUGUCAACUGUUAACGUCAAUCCCAGAGGCUACCCACUCGUGCCGGCGCCCGUGCAGGCUCGCGAGAUACCGGCUAUCCAGCAACAGUUCCUGGACGAGCGGCACAUACACCUGUUCCAGAGUCCUCCGGGGCAGUACCACCAACUCGGUAACACCUACGUUACCGCGCCCCAGACGGCGCCGCAGACCGCGCUGUUGACCGUGGUGAAGAGUGAACCGCUCAUCGUGACCACCGUGCAGCCGGGUCUGUACCAGAGCUCCGGCCUGGACGACGUCCAGGACCGUGGGUCUCCCGGGGGACUCCUGGAUUCCAGGAAGAAGGAAAGGCGGAAAGUGCGAGCCUCCAGUUUGGAAAGCUCUACGGAGAGUGACGGUGUGGGCAGUUCCAGCGUGGAGAGCUCGGGGCAGGUGGCGGCCAUAUCGUCCACUGCGGGGUUCAAGAGUCCACUGAUCUCGGGACACCCGAUGGGCGGUAUGGUGGGCCAGCAGAUGGAAAUGGACGACUGCGAGAACAGCGAGAAACCCGUGAAGAAGAAACGGAAGCGGUGCGGCGAGUGUAUCGGAUGCCAGCGGAAGGACAACUGUGGGGACUGUGCGCCUUGCCGCAACGACAAGAGCCACCAGAUCUGCAAGAUGAGGCGCUGCGAGAAGCUCACAGAGAAAAAGCACCUACUGUACCUGAAUCAUGACUACCCUCGUGGUGAGAGGGGCAGGGGAAGGGGGAAAUCGAGAGGUUCCACGACCCCAACUCCGCAGCCGGUGAGGGACAUUAAGCUGGAGUCUCCUGCUGCGGUUGGCAACCCUGCUCUAACGCCAACAAUGCCUGGUUCUGUGAUGCCAUUCUACGGCAGUGUACAAGGUCCUAACAUGGUGGACCCGGCUGCUUUUGCUCCUCCAAUACGAGAGCACCGCUUCCCCAAUGCUGUGUGGCAUCAAACUCCAGCACCACCAGACCCCAACACUCCCAUCGCAGCAGCUCCUGGAGGGUGGACGCCUCAGGGCCAAUUUAUCCAGCAGAUACCCCCUCAUCAGCUGGAGGACCUACGCUACCACCACCCCCAGUACAGUGUGGCUACUUACCACCAGCCUGUUCCCACACCAGGUUACCAGCAGCCACAGCAAGGUGCUUUUGUUCAGGCCAAUGGGAACUAUGCACCUGUUGUUAAUGGCAACCUUGCUCCGGCAAGGAAUGGACCUCUGAAUGGGGUAGACUACAUGGAUGCCUCACCACGGCCAGCAGAAUAUAUCAACGGCACCUAUAGUCAUUCUACGGACGUGAACAUGGCACCUCCACCAUCCACAACCCCCAACAGCCGCUGCUCGUCAGUACAUCUAGACAACCCAGAGAGCGUUGGCUGCAAGACACCAACCCCCACCACUCCCAGCAGCGGUGCGGGAAACGCGAUGCCUGGAUACCCACCUCAACAACCUCCCCAGCAACAGAGUUCACACAACUCUAGUGGGUAUCCAGGCCAAGACAUUAAUUCUGUUAACAGAAUUGGGGAGUCAAAUAAACUCAACAUCUUAAAUCAAAAUUGGGAAGAAACAAAAGGCCAUCAAGAAUUUGAUGGUCAGAGCUGGAAUAAUGACAGGCACUCAGUAAAAAUUGAACAAUCUACUUGGAGUGAAAAUGAAAAUCAGUCAAAUUCAACUUUAUGGAAAGAAAAUGAUAGACUUUUAAAUGUCAAACAAGAAGAAAAAGAGCCUGAUAAUACAAGUAGACAAGAAACACCAUCUGGGUAUCAACAAGAAAGAGCACAUUUGAACAAUAGACUAAAAACAAUGAUCCUAAAUAAACAGCAAAGUCAGAACCAACAAAACUAUAACCAACCAUCUCAACAAGGGCAGUUAUCAAACGAGCAGCAGCAUCAGAUAAACUAUCACCACCAGCAACAUAAUCAACAAAGUGAAGCGCAAACUACAAAUCAGUAUCAUAUUCAACAACACCAUCAACACAAAAUUCAACAAGGACAUCAGAUCCAACAUCAGAUUCAACAGGAACAGCAACAUCAAAUUCAACAAGAUCACCAACAUCAAAUUCAACGAGAACAGCAACAUCAGAUUCAACAAGUUCAACAAGAACAUCAAAUUCAACAACAAAUUCAGCAACAACAGCAGCAUCAUAUCCAACAUCAAGAACAACACAAUCAACUCCAACAACAACUUCAGCAGCAACAAAUUCAUCAGCAACAACUUCAUCACCAUCAACAGCAGCAACAUCUACAACAGCAACUUCAGCAGCAACAUCUUCAGCAACAACAACAACUUCAACAGCAACAAGCUCAGCAGCAGCACCAAGCUCAGCAGCAGCACCAAGCUCAGCAACAACAACAAGCUCAGCAACAACAAGCUCAGCAACAACAAGCUCAGCAACAACAAGCUCAGCAGAUGCAACAAGCUCAACAACAGCAACAAGCUCAGCAACAGCAACAAGCUCAGCAGCAGCAGCAACAUAAUCAAAAACAACAUGCUGCUAGACAAAAUCAAUUACCCAGUCCAGUACAUAGUCUUAGUCCUCAACAAAAACAUGUUCCAAGUUAUCAACAACAUACAUUGAAACAACAGAUGCAAGUUCAGCAUUCUCAAAAUUACCAACAAAUUCCAAAUAACCAUCAGAACCAAAAAGUACACCAGCAGCAACAAAUCCACCAACAGCAUUUACACCAAAUGCAACAACAUCAGCAACUGAUACAUCAACAACAUCUACAGCAACUUCAAAAUCAAAACCAACAUGGAAAACAAGUUAAACCACAAACACCAUCACCAGUUCAUCAUCAACAACAGUCCCCAGUUCAUCAAAUGCAGCACCAACAAAAUCAGCAUUUGCUUCAAAAUCAUCAGCAAUCUCAACAUCAUCAGCAAACUCAACACCAUCAGCAAACUCAACAUCAACAAUCACAACAGCAAAAUAUGCAUAUACAGCAGUUACACCAUCAUCAGCUUCAACAACAACACAAUAAUCAACAACUGCAACAAUCACAAAUUCAAAUGUCUCCUCAACAACAUGGUCAAAGAAGUAGACAAUCUACACCAGACAUGAGCCCUCGACCUAGUCAAAGAAGGAAUUCGUCUGAAGGUCUGAUGCUGAGUCCUAAUCAAGACAGUCAAAGCAGUGUCCGUUACCGAACUCCGACACCAGUCAGCUCUGCUGGCGAGACCAAGACUUCAACUCAGAGUUCCCAAACUCAGUACAACACAGAAGUAAAGACUUCAAGUGCUCAGGUUCAGUUUGGGGAAACUGAUGUGAAGCCAAAUAUGCAACAUUUGCAGUUAGAUAAAUCAAAUUCUAUGGCUGGGAAUUUUUUAGCGCAAGGCCACCAUCCUCGGAGCUUAGCUACUGAGGGUGGUGGCGUUUGGGACUUUGAGAGUCCAAAGAAAGAACCAGAAGUUAGAUUUUCGGCGAUGGAAAACUUUAUGAAUUUUGCAGCAUCACUCAAUAAUGCUUCACAACAUCUUAAUAAAGGCCAAAAUUCUUCACAGAAACAAACAACAGUUAAAUCCUCGUGGCACUUACCACAGAGUUUCAGGUGUAAGGAGGAGAAAGUUGAUGCAAUAGUAGAGAGGAAGUCAUUUCAGAAAUCAAUGGUGAGCUUCAAAGAUGAUAACAGAUGGGUUGAGCAUACUGUAGACCAAAAACCUGCUCGAGAUGCCUAUGGGAGGUACACCUGGAAUGGACAGAAUAACACACAUCCUUGUUCUGGGAAGAAGGAGCAGGACUUGUACGCAUGGGGGAUAGAUCCUCAUCAUCCAGCAUAUAGGGGAGAAGCAGGAUUCCCAUGGCGGCACACAGGACUAACCGAACAACAACCGGUUUCAAUUAAAAUAAAACCGAACUAUCUAAGGAUUCCAUUCGGGACUGAUCCACGCCUACAUGAGCUUGUGGAGAGAGUGGAUGAGAAGAAUGGAGAAGUGAAGCGGGAACCGGCCAGGUUCGUAUUUGAUGGUGCUGGGGGACCACAGUGGAGAGGCCAGCAGACAGGAGCGUGGUGUUGCCGAAAGGGUGGGACAGAGCCUCCUACUGCUGACCACCUCAAGGAUUGCUGCAGAGGUUUGCAGACUCUUGACGAGAUCUUGAUUGAGAAAGAGGGUGAGGAAGGCGACAAGGACUGGAAAAAGGAACCAUUAUCUGAUCCAUCUACACCAAUCAAAACAGAAUUCCCAGAAAAGCCUGAAGAAUCAUCUUCAAAGGAUUUCAAAGAACAUUUGGAAAGGUUACGAAAUAAUGUGCGUACUGAAGUGCCCAGUUGUAGUUGCUUCCCUCCUGAUGGGUUCCCUCCAGAACCUGGUUCCUACUACACUCACCUAGGAGCAGCACCAUCUCUACCAGACUUGAGGUCGGAUUUGGAGAAGCGGACUGGGUACAAAGGGAAUGCGAUAAGGAUGGAAAAGAUUUUAUAUACUGGCAAAGAGGGUAAGACUACAACGGGCUGUCCCCUGGCUAAAUGGGUGAUACGCCGAGCCAGUCUGGACGAGAAAUUCCUGGUAGUGGUGAAACAUCGCCCAGGUCACACGUGUGCCACCGCCUGGAUUGUGGUUGUACUGGUAGCAUGGGAGGGAGUGGCAUCACAAGAUGCUGACCACAUCUACUCCAUGCUUUCUCACAAGCUUAACAAGUUUGGUCUACCUACACUGCGCCGCUGUGCCACAAAUGAGCCACGGACUUGCGCUUGCCAAGGUCUGGAUCAGGACAGCUGCGGAGCUAGCUUUAGCUUUGGCUGUUCCUGGUCCAUGUACUAUAAUGGCUGCAAGUAUGCCCGGAGCAAGAUUGUUCGCAAAUUUAGACUCUCUGUCAAGUCAGAGGAGCAGGAAGUGGAGGAAAGACUACAAGGGUUGGCCACACACCUGUCUCCUCUGUACAAGAGUGUGGCACCAGUCAGUUGGCACAAUCAGACACAGUUCGAGAGAGAGGCAUCAGAGUGCCGUCUUGGCACUCAGCCCGGCAGACCUUUCAGCGGUGUCACUGCCUGCAUCGACUUCUGUGCGCAUGCCCACCGCGAUCUACACAACAUGAACAAUGGCUGUACUGUGGUUGUAACUCUGACCAAACACCGUAGCCUAGGAAAGCCUGAGGAUGAACAACUGCACGUGUUGCCUCUUUACGUGAUGGACGAGUCUGACGAGUUCGGUAGCCAACAGGCCCAAGCCGACAAGGUCACAAGUGGUGCCAUCGAAGUACUAACUAAGUUCCCUUGUGAAGUUCGAGUUCGAGCUGUACCCUUAACUCCCUGUAGAAGACAUGGUAAAAAGAGAAAAGAAGAAGAAGCCGAGUUGCUAGCUAAGAAGGAAUCUGCCAGUCAAGCAGCUUUGCAAAGGACUGGGGAAAAAGAGAGGGGAGAGACAGCUCCUGACACUAGAUCAUCUACACCAUUGAGUGUACAGUAUGACACAAGGACUUCCACACCUUCUAGUAUCCAGGCUGAGAGUGCCCUGGCCCACAGCAGCCAACAAGAUAUGAACAGCGUGCUGGACAGUAUGGAUGCUCAAUUGCAGAGUGCACAGGUGUCAUCCACAGUUCUGGACAGUCCUGGAGGCUCCAUGUACCACUCAGCCUGGCACCAUUCGGGCCACUCUUGGCUUGGAACUCCUCACUCUGGUGGCAGUUGGGAAAACUUGGAGAUGCGAGGAGUGGACAAGAUUGACCCAGACAGCACAACUAAUGUUGCAGUUAGCUCUGGCACCUCUACUACAUCUAUGCAGUCUUCGAGUAGGCCAGGAACUAGCCCUCACGUUUGGUACCACAGUUCUCAGUCGUCCAGAGUCUCUCCUGCCUUAGCGUCUCCUACCCAUUCUCAGAGGAGGACACCAACUCCUAAAGUACCUGCCAAUAUGUCACCUAGUAUGAAAACAUCAUCUGCAACUCCUCCUUUACUGUCUCCUUCAAGUUCUAAUGAGUGGCCUUAUCAUGAAAGUUCUUGGGAUUUCACUAGUCCGACAGUUUCUCCACAAGCAUCACCUUUUAGAGUACCCAGGGGAAGACCACCUUCGAGAAAUAACCAUUCGUCUUCUACUCCCCAAUCGCCCACAGAACCUUCUCCUACGUUUUUGAAACCUUUUCCUCCGAGCUGUAAAGACAAUCAGACUCAUUCAGAAACUCAAACUACCUCUCAUAGACAAUCAGAGACUGCUAAAUGUGAAUUUCCCCAAAAUCUAGUUGUAAAAAGUGAAUUUCAAAAUGCCACCUCUGAUCUUACUAAUCAGUGGAGUGUGGAAAAACAACUGGCCUGGAAUGACAACUUUGUGCAGCAAAGUUAUGCCUCAGUCCAGACCAGAGGUUUGCCUGACAAGUCUUGGCCUACUGAUUACAGCCAGAAAAAGUCGGAAGAGAUGACUGAAAGUUACCAACAUACACUGAACAAUAAUUUUUACAUUGAACCUGUCAUAAAAAAAGAAUCAAAUAUCUCUUGGCCGUCCCAGAAGUCAAAUGAAAACUUGCCUUCACCAUCUGCAGUGCAUACCGAUAGGUCCUGGGUAGAACAAGAGACCAGCUCACUUACCAGUGAUGCUAUCAAGAGAGAGGACGGCAGAUCGACCCCAAGUGCUAGCUCAUCACCUUAUGGUUACCAGGGGAUGUCAAAGUUUCAGCUCCCAAGAUGGGAUCUUUAUGGGCCGACUCCAUACAUCCCCAUGGUACCUCCAGAGCCAUCCCCACCACGCAGCCAACCACUUGGCGAGGUCCUUGAUUUCAUUCAGAAUGAAGAAUGUUUCAAGGAUUCUCAAAUGGGUGGUGUUGCCAUUGCUUUGGGUCAUGGUUCCGUACUGUUUGAGUGUGCCAAACACGAACUACAUGCGACGACAGCCCUGCGUAAGCCCAACCGUAUGCACCCUACUCGCAUCAGCUUAGUGUUUUACCAACACCGCAACUUGAAUCGGUCACGACACGGCUGGGAAGAGUGGGAAGAGAAGUGUCGUCUGCGCAAGUUGGGUCUCACUGUUGCCAACACAAAUGCAACCGGAACGGGCUCACGCAUACAUCGUGCGGCUCACAUGAUGCUACGCUCCCCCACCUUCACCACUACCACCUGGACAACACUGUUCCCCAUGCACCCCUGCAUGGUCACAGGGCCGUAUCAGGAGGGUGGCACACCUGGCUGACAUGAAAUUACUUUAAGCAAUUCUUUUUUUAUGAAAGUUAAAUAAUUAGUUAAAAUAUAUAAAUUAUACAUUUUGUUAUUGAAAAAUGUACAGUAGAGAGAAAAUAUUGCUCAUCAACAAAGGCAGUGAAAUAUAGAUAGAUUAUACUGCCUUUGGAAUGUAAAGUUGUAAUUUCUAAUUAUAGAUACCUAGAAACAUAUAUUUUAUCGAGAACUGUAACAAAACACAGUAUAAAUUUUAUGAAAGAGCUCUAAUCAGUUUUCAAUUAGUGACAGAAAUUGAUUCCAAAAAUGAAAGUGUAAUGUAUUUUAUUUAAUUGUAUGUUAUUUCACUGUUACGCUGAUGGUUUUUUACUAUAAAAUCAAAACAAUUUAGUUAAUGACUUGAUUAUUUAAAUUGAUUAUUUUCAUGUUAUGGAUAUUUCAAUUAAUGUGACUAAAGACAUUUUAUCAUAUUCUUGAGCAAUAUGUAUUUAACUAAUUAUUUAACUUUUAAAAAUUACCAAUAUAUUAUUAUUUUUACUAAGUUUGAAGUUUCACUGCCAUAUUUUUACAGUAUUAAAAUGUUUAUUUCAUACUUUAUUUAAUUGGUCAACAGUCAGUAUUUUAAAAUUGCACUACAAUGUCAUUGUAUUAAUAUAUAUGUUUUAUUAAGUAAUAAUUGUUUGCUCAACAUUUUAAAGUGUGACACACAGUAUUGCUGAAACAUUAAUACUAUAAUAUUAUUUUAAUAAGAGUACUUCGUAAAUAAUAAAUAAAUACAUUUAGUUUAUGGUUUAUUUAUUAUUUUAAAUAGUACUCAAUGAUAACAUAUUGUUAGUAAUAUUUUGAUCAGUUUAUCAGAAUAUAAUAACAGAAAAUAACAUUACUCAUAAUUUGUGACUGUACAACUCAUUAGUUUCGACUUAUUUAUAUAUGCUUUAUUUUAAAGGACUAAACAUAUGAAAUUAAUUUUAUAAAUACCUCAUAAAUUAAUUAUACCAGUUUUGCAUUAUCAUCUAUCGCUUGAAGGAAAUUAAAUGUCUGAAAAUUAUUUUCAUUUGUGGGUCUUUAAUAUACACAUACUGCAGUAAAGUGUUAACAAUUACAAGAGAAAAAAUGUUUGCAUGUAGUAGUUUGUUUUACUUUUACUUUAAACAAAUUAAAAUUGUAUUUUAAAAUAUAUCAGGGACAAGAAAAAUGUUUGCAACAUGUUAAAACUAACAUUAAAAGUUUGUUGACAUUUUUUUUGAAAAAAUAAAAAUAAACUUUUUUGUACAAACAGAAAUAAACAAGACAUUUUAAGAUAUCUUAUUCAUGCAAUAAAUAUGUUCUUUCUUUAUUUUUGGUGCUAUAGGAUUCAUUUGUCAUAUAUCUCAAAUAAUGUUAAAAUUACAAGUAGAGGUUUUCUUCAGUAAAUGCAGUUUAAAUAAACAGAAGAAACUCCUUUGAGAUAUUCUUCAUGUCACAAGAUCGCAUUAAAUGGUAAAAAUGAGUUAAUAUUAUCUUAUUUUAGCAUGUUUCUCUGUAAUCUAACCAAUCAAAUUUUAUGGAGAAUAAGACUGGUAAAAUAUAUUUUGUUAGUUACUGUAUUAAGACAAGAAAUGUCAAUGACAAUAGUCACUAGUAUAAAUGUAAUUGAAAAAAAUUACCAUCAUAAAACCCACAAAUCAGUACAGAUUUCAUUUCAUUUUUCUGUUAUAUACAGUCAAAUCCCAACUAUCUUGGAUACACAUAACACAGCUAUGGUAGGAAGGGUUGAAUCAAUUUGAAUCUUGACCUUAUAUCUUGGAUUAUUAAAUAGAAACAUUGACAAGAAUAUAAAACAAAACCAUAAUUCGUUCAAGGUUAAGUGAACACACAUAUAAUAAUCAAAAUAUAGCACACACAUGCUAUUUUGAUAAUCAAUAAUAUAAGAAUUGAUAAAUUAUAGCUGCUUUAUUAUACAAUAAUUAAUGAAUAAUGUAUUAUAUUCAGUCUGUUAACAAAAUAAACUUGGACAUGCAAGGAUUUAGCAUGCCUAUAAUUAAAAAUAGAAAGUGAUUAAUAUAUAAAUAACCAUUGUUGCUUAUAACAAAAUGUCCAAUUGGGAAACAUUUAUAAAAAAUCCAUAUCUGUUUUUUUUUUUUUAUUUAACAGACAUGGAUUUUUUAUAAAUCUCUUGAAAAAACUUUUCAUGGUUAUUAUAUUUAUUAUUUUCCAACUCAACUGUACUCGUGAUAUGCUGUGAGAGUCAUAUGAAUAUUUACCGUAUGCAUAUACAUAUCAAGUAUAAGAUCAUCUCUCUUAUUAGGUUGAUUUCCAGUUUCAUAUGUUACUUUAUUCAUGUUAUUACUGCACAAUUUGUCCAAAUAAUGCUAGAAAAUGGGUAGUGUAGCAAGAAUUACAAGCCAACAAUAGAAGUACCUAGAUUUUACAGCAUAUACAUCACUUUUUUAAAACAAAAUUAAAAAGUUUAAACUUUUUUAAAAAUUCCUUGUAGUACGGAUACUUCUGGGUGCAAAUUCCUGUAUAAAAAUUUGUUAUUAAACAAUCAAAACAGAAAACAUGACAAAUCGAUAUAAAAAAUCUUUGGAUUGAUUACUUAUAAAUAUAGUGCAAACCUCUUUGUCAACAAUCUAUAAAUUUGUUGGUUUCAUAUAAAAAUUUAACACUAGCAAUUAUGUUUAGGAAGAUGCUUGACAACUGUGUAAGUUUCCAACCAGUCUGACUUCUUGUGUUACUUGUGUAACUGUGGAUUAUAAUUAUUUUGACAAACAUUAACUUUUCACAUUUUUGUUAUUUUUAAAGAGGGGGUGUAUCAAUUCAUAAAAUGUAGAUACACUGUCAGGUAAUUGGGAUUGACUGUACCACAGGUCUAAGUAAUUGGAAAUAGCUAUCUACACUUUUUUGUUGUAAAACGACCAAUGUAAGAUCAAUUUAGAUUUACCAAUUAAAAAGAAAAUGCAUUAAACUAUAUUAAAUACCUGAUUUUACGUAAAGCAAUAAAAAUAAAAACAGUACAUCCAUUGAUCAAAACGGCAUUAUUCAUACUAGUAGUUUCUACUGAUACUACCACCUGAUUUUAUUUUACAUUUUUGCCACAAUCAGUAUUUUACUGUUUUAUAUUCCCAUAAACGUUGAGCGAGUCAUUAUAGCAUGUCUUCAUGUGAUCUAAUAUAUUUCAUUUUAAUUUCUUAAUAUAAUAGUAAUUUGAUUAUUUUAAUCUUCAACAUCAUUAUUUAUUAUGUUGCAACAUACUUUUUUGAAUAUUGUUUUAAACUGUAAAAUAUAUUGUUAUGAAACAUUCUUGUGUUCCAUUUGAUAUUUUCCAUUAUAGUAAUAAUGUUACAUUUAUUUACAAAUUUUUAAUGAGAUAAUUGUUAGUCUGCAUGGAAUAUAUUUUAUAAGUGCUUUAUAUUGAGUCAAUCACUUGCUAAUUUUAUUAAUAAAAGUUAUAUUUUUAUGCAUGCAUACUUGAUUAACACAAAAUAGUUAUAUAAUUUUGGCCCAUAAAGUGUUAUUGGUAGUUUGUAAACAUUAUUAUAAAUUUUAAUAUUGUUUUCUUAAUAAUAUACUGUGUGUGUUACAUUUAUAACUUGUUUUAACUAUAGCCGACCUGACAGGUUUUUAGGUCUCCUUGUUUUUCGGUAACAAUGAAAAGUCUUGAUAUUAAUAUUUCAAAUCUACUCUGUCCGAAAGUUGGUAUGCCUGCUGAGGAGUAACAAGCCAGCUGAUCUGGCCAAGUAAUGAUCUCAUUUUUAUCGAAAUUGCCUGUGUUCAUGCAACUCUAACUGGUGUAUAAGUGUGCUGUUACGCUCCAGUCGUGCGUGUGUAUGUUUGUGCUGUGUGCUUGGUUAUUUAUUCCGUAUGAGAGGGAAGUGUGCAUGGUUUAGGUUUAGUCAUAUAUGCCAAAUUGAACACCACUCCAGUGGUUGUUGGUUCAAAACUAAUAGUUAGUUUUAGGUUUAUUUGUAUAUUUUUUGUAUAUACAGAAAGAAAACGAUUAUCACAUGGUUUAUUUUCAUGGUUUUUAAGUAAACAAAGUUUUUUUAGAAAUUAUUUGUUAACUCAUUAUAAUUACCAUGAGCCUUGCUCCUUACAAACUAUAAGAAUAAACUAGUCACUGUGAUCACGUUCUAUUGAACAGUGCUUUUGUGGUUAUAACAAAACGGACUGUGUUUUAACUUUUUACUACUGUUUUGAACAAUCUGUCAUUUUACUAAAAGUUAGUUUAUGCUAAUAAAAUAAAGUACAAUUUUUUAAAUCAAAGAUUAAAGUAUUGACGAGCAGUAGUGGUGUAGAUAACUUUUAAUUUAUUCUCGAAUGUACAGGAUUCCUACAGAGAGGUCCUCAAAUUGUAAUAUUUUCUGUUGAAUUUACUUGGCCUACGUGGAACCGUAAGCCUGGUCUGUUGUAAUGUAGUCUAGGAUAGAUUAGUGUGUAUAAUAUAUGUGUUUAGAUAAGGUAUUUAUUUCUUAGAAUAGUCAACCCAGUACUGACUAGUAUAUAGGUAAAUGUCUGUAAAAGUUAGUUUUUUACGAACACUUAAUAAUGUUGGUUUUUAUAUUUGAAAAUGAAAUAUUUGUAAAGACACUACAAAUAAAAUAUUUUGCUCACAUAAAACCGUUACAACAAUUAUUGAGUGGCAUCCUGUGUUAGUAACUGCCUGCGGAAUGUAUCUCUGGCAGUUUUUAUAUUUAUCGUGUAUCAGGGAGCGAUCUUUUAUAAACUCAUAAUAUUCACAUUAUUAUUCAUUAAUUCCACCUAAAAUACAAGAAUAUUUAAUAUUUUUUAUUUAAACUAACAAUAACUAAAUUAUGCAAUAUUGCUUAAAUAGUUAUGUAGACAAGUGAAAGGUAUUAGUACAAGCUUCAAUAUCAAUUUAAUUAACCAAGUAAUUUUGUCACAUUAUAUUGAGAAACAUUAAAUUAGUUUGUUAAUAUUUUUAAAUUAUAGGUUCAAUCCCUGAUAUAACGAUGCGCCUCUCUCUUUUAUACAGGAUGCAUACAUUUUUACUGUGUCAAAACCAUAGAAUAUAUACAUUGUUAUUUAGCGUGUGAAACAAAAUCCAAUAUCUUUUGUAGACUUUGAGAUUGAUAUUUUAAAUAUAUCGCUUGCCUUGCUGAGAGAAAAGUAAUUUUUUUAUACAAAAAAUAAUAGAAAACGCAAAAAAAUAAGUAAAGCAAUAUAAUUAUAGUGUUUGUAUUGUGAUGUGAUGUGUCCUGUGACUUGUUUUAAUAUUAAGGCUUUUAUUUGAAAGCGAGCUUUGUUGAGCCAGUACAAAUAAUAGGAUCCAACUACACCUUUGAGUGAUUGUAAUUUUUCUACCGCCAAGACAUUUUACCUGUACAAAAGUAGUCUAGAAGUCUUGUGGAUAUAUGAUCCACCAGGCUGUAUAAUGAGACAAAAUAUGUUAAUAUAUUUCUACAGUGUGUAAUAUAUAUGGUAUAUUUUUGACACAUUUUGUCAUAAAAGAUUGUAAACUAUCAAAAAAUGUUGUCACUCUUAUUCUUAAAUUAUUAUAAAAAGUGUUGAUGAUAUAGUAAUCAAUUUUUAGAGUUUUUAAAUACAUUUUGUACAAAUUUUGUUGCCCAGAAGAUAACCCGUGAAAUGUUUGUAAAAUUGUCUUCCUAGGCACUGUUUGUUUUGGUCCCAAUUUUAAAAAGUAACUUCUCACUAGACUAAGUGAAUGUAUUUUUACACUUCAGUUUGUUUGUAGCUUUUACAUAGUAAGUAGCCUGUAGUUUAUGUAGAGCAGUACAAUGUCAUUGUUUUUAUGUGAAUAUAAUAAUAAUACACUUUGUCAAUA